CUUUUAACACCCAUAUAGUAAUUUGUGUGCUAAAUACAUAAGAUUAUACAUAUAAAAAGCCACCCAAAAUAGACAUUGAGCUCCACCUUCCACCGUCUACUAUACCAUUUUUCUUGUCUCGAGAGCUCCAUUUCCCCAUAACAGAGCUUCUUUGUUCCUCUUAAAAAUAUCUCCUUUCUUCUUAUUCUUCUUACUCUCACUAGCUCUAUUAAUAUUCUUGAAAGAAAAAAGAGAACAAGAAUUUCUUCAUAACUAGUUCUAAGAUCCUGGCACAAAACAAUCAUGGCUACUGCUUUUGUACUGUCUUUAAUAGUUUUCUUGGCUUUCACUGGUUACUCAAGUGGUGCUAAUUACUGUUUGUGCAAAGAUGGGGUAGGAGAUAGCCUUAUGCAGAAGAGUAUAGAUUAUGCUUGUGGAAAUGGAGCUGAUUGUACUGGUAUUCUUCAAAAUGGACCUUGUUACAACCCUAACACUAUUAAAGAUCACUGUAGCUAUGCUGUAAAUAGCUAUUAUCAGAAGAAAGCUGCAUCUGGUGCAACCUGUGACUUUUCUGGAACUGCAACUUUAAGUUCAAAUCCACCAUCUUCCUCUACUUCUGGAUGUUAUCAGACCACCCCUGGCAACACCGGUGGAGGUACCACUACUGUACCAGGAACCACAACUCCAGGGAUUGGGACCGGCACUGGGACUGGCACCGGCACCAGCACUGGGACUGGCACUAGCACUGGCACCGGCACCGGCACCGGCACCGGCACCGGCACGGGAACUACAACAGGUAUUAACAAUCCUACUUUUGGGCUAGGACCAACAGGAAGUGGUGGCUACAAUCCAGAUGGCAAUGGCACAGAGACUCUUCAUCAAAAUACUGUCUUUUUCACUAUAGCCAUUUUGUUUACAAGCUUGGUAUGCUUAAGACUCUAAAGAAAAUGAUGAAUGUGAGGCAGUAAAUGAAGGGAAGGAAGGUUUGAGAAAGAUAAUGUGGACUUUUGGCACAAAGUAUGGGUAGCCAUUUUCAAUGGUCAGUAGGGGAGAAUCAUCUGGACACACUUCCACUUGGACUUUUUCUUUUUAUUUCUUUCUUUUGUUUGUUUUCUUCUUCUUGUUCUUUCUCCAUCUUCUUUGCUCCUUUAGUGAGUGAAAAAGUUUGGAAUUAGAUUCCCUUUUGAAGUGGAUGUGGCUGUUUCUUGGGUAGUAAUGUAGAAGAAUCUGAUCUCUUCUUUUUAGAUGUUCCUUUUUUGUAUAUCUGGAGAAUAGAAGACAUAAAGCUGUAUUGUUUAUUUUAGAGAUGUUAUCAAUGAGUAGUCACUACCCUACCCCCAUCUGUGGUAAUAUUAGUGCAUUUCUGUAUUAAAAUAUAACCCCCUUCUAGUUCCCUGUC